AUGCAUGAUACUGAUCGAGAAACGCAUGAAAAUCCUUGUUCUAAUUCUCAUAACAAAAACAAAGCUAGUGAGACUACCACUAAUAAUAAAAAGUUAGAGAAAUUUCUUCCCAUUGCUAACGUGGGAAGAAUCAUGAAAAAGUCUACUCCAAAUAAUGGCAAAAUUUCUAAGGAAGCAAAAGAAGCCGUUCAAAAAUGUGUUUCUGAAUUUAUAAGUUUUAUUACGGGAGAAGCUUCAGAUAAAUGUCAAAAAGAAAAAAGAAAAACGGUAAAUGGUGAUGAUAUUAUAUGGGCUUUAAGUGUGUUCGAUUUUGAAAAUUAUGCUUUUCUUCUAAGAAUCUACCUAAAUAAAUAUAGGGAAAUGGAAAACGAAAAAUUAAAUAUACCUAAACAACCAUAUUUAUCAACACAGGAUCAACAUUUAACAAAAAAUGGUAUGAUGUUGUAUUGUGAUCAAAAGUUGUCACCAUAUACAACAUUUUCUCCCCAAGUUAAUUUUCCGAUGUUGGAGCAAUCUUUUCCAACACCACCCUUAAUCUCGCUGCCACAGAAACACGAGAUUGUUGAACAAACUGAUUCUAAUAGUAAAACUUCUUCUCAGUGCAAGUCAUUUGGAAAAAAUGGGCUUUUGUCACUAAAUUAUGUUUACAAUGUGUUGAUUUAUGGCUUGUCUACAAGCAAGGCAGGUCAAUCUUUAGUACACCUAAAUGUGACAUGUGAUUAUAUUGUUACAAGCAAAUUACCUAUUAAGAUGUCUGAUGACUCAACUUUUUGGGAGGAGUUCAUGAAAAGAGAUGUAAUUUUUGAGACAUAA